GGCAGCCCUCGCUUUUCCCCUCUUUCUCCUCACCACCACAAGUCCCCCGUAGAUUCAAAAUGGCCGCUACCUUCAAGAACAUCAAGGCUCUCCAGCCCCUUCUUGACCGAGUCUUGGUCCAGCGAUUCAAGGCCGACACUAAGACCGCCUCUGGUAUCUUCCUCCCCUCUGCCGCCACCCAAAACCCCCUUCCCGAGGCUACCGUCAUUGCCGUCGGCCCCGGUGCCGUCAACAAGGACGGUCAGCUUACCCCUACGUCUGUAAAGGUCGGAGACAAGGUGUUGUUGCCUGGGUGGGGCGGUAGCCCCAUCAAGGUCGGUGAGGAGGAGUACCACCUUUUCAAGGACGCCGAAAUCCUCGCCAAGAUCAACGAGUAACUUCAAAAGCGCACUAUCAGGUGUAUGCACCAACCUUUAAUCACUUUGCAUGGCUUGUUUAAUUUCUCUGGGCUUUGGGAUACCUCUGGGUGGGUAUCAUCCAUUUGGGCGAUGAAGGAGAUGGGGGCAGGGUUGAAAAGGUCGGGAUGACUUUGGUGGAGCAGGCCGAAGCGGUUGUCGACGUUCUGAUGCAUUACUCAUUCUUCACUCAGCG